AUGAGUCUCGGUCAUAUAGACUCAGUUGGUUUUAUUGGUCUAGGGGCCAUGGGGAUGUGGAUGGUAGUUCAUCUAACAGAGAAGCUACCAGCAACCACGAGAAUCUACGUCUUUGAUAUUGUCACACCACUUAUGACAGAAUUAUUUGAAAAAUGCCCCCAUAAGGUCAUUCAAUGCGUGAAUGCAAAAGAUGUCGCAGAUCGUUCAGAAAUAAUCUUUACAAUGCUACCUGAAGGACAUCAUGUUAAGAAAGUAUACCUCUCAGAAGAUGGAAUUUGCUCUGGCGAUAUCGCAGGAAAACUGCUCAUUGAUUGCUCGACCAUCGACACAGCCAGUUUCCUCGAGGUGAGAGAUCAUAUAGCAAACCUCUCCCCGUCAACAUCAUUCUACGACGCACCAGUCAGCGGUGGGGUUAUUGGGGCUAAAAGAGGAAAAAUCGCCUUUUAUCUGGGUUGUGACGAAGAAAGUAAUCCAGAGCUCCCGAUGCUGGUAGAGUUACUAUCUCUAAUGGGAUCUCAAGUCAUUCCAUGUGGAGGUCCAUCUCUUGGACUCGCCGCCAAACUAUCCAACAAUUAUCUUUCCGGUAUCAUAGCUAUUGCCUGCUCCGAAGCAAUGGAUAUGGGUAUGCGUUCCGGGCUGGAUCCCCGUGUCCUAGCUAAAGUUUAUGCGGCUGGCACGGCUCAGAAUACCGUCUGUGAUCGGUUUUGUCCUGUCCCUGGUGUCUAUCCUGAGGCACCUUCUUCAAACGGAUAUCGAAACGGGUUCAAGGUCCAAUUGAUGAAGAAGGAUUUUUCGUUGGCGGUUGAAAUGGCUCAUAAGGUUGAAGCUGUGAAUGUACUUGGUGGAGCGGGCUUGAGGAUCUAUGAAGGAGCCAGUGAGGAUGUGCGAUGUAAGGAUUUAGAUUCGAGGGUUGUCUUUCGCUAUCUUGGUGGCAUUGAAGACUGGCAAGGGGAGAAGAAGCAAAGAGAGGAAUAG